UCGGCGAGGAGCGCGGUGCCGCCGCGGAGAGGCCCGGCCCGAAUAUCCCUCCGCCUUCCUCCCUCCUCUCUCUCCCUCCCUGCGAGCCGCCGUUCACUUAUCGCCUCCCUUCCUUCUUUCUCCCUCCGCCGCCCGAGCACCAGCCGCGCUCCGAGCUGCCCCCGGGGUCCCUCCCCCGCCGCCCGAGGAGCAGCUGCCAUCGCCGCCAGCAGCAAAAUAGGAGGGAGGAAGGAAGGCCAGGAGGAAGGCAGGGGAGCCGGAGCGACCACCAAGAGGGAGCCGGUGAAUGGGCUUGUGGUGACCCCCGCCCCCCACCCCACCCUCCCUUCCCACCCGACCCCCAACCCCCAUCCCCAGUGAGAGCCGCCGCCCGAGAGGCCGGGCCGUCGUCUUAGGAGGAGCCGCUGCCACCUCCUCCGCCAUGGAGCUGAUCACCAUCCUCGAGAAGACCGUGUCCCCCGAUCGGCUGGAACUGGAAGCGGCGCAGAAGUUCCUGGAGCGUGCGGCCGUGGAGAACCUGCCCACUUUCCUUGUGGAACUGUCCAGAGUGCUGGCAAAUCCAGGAAACAGUCAGGUUGCCAGAGUUGCAGCUGGUCUACAAAUCAAGAACUCUUUGACAUCUAAAGAUCCAGAUAUCAAGGCACAGUAUCAGCAGAGGUGGCUUGCUAUUGAUGCUAAUGCUCGACGGGAAGUCAAGAAUUAUGUUUUGCAGACUCUGGGGACAGAAACUUACCGGCCUAGUUCUGCCUCCCAGUGUGUGGCUGGUAUUGCUUGUGCAGAGAUCCCAGUGAACCAGUGGCCAGAACUCAUUCCUCAGCUGGUGGCCAAUGUCACAAACCCCAACAGCACAGAGCACAUGAAAGAGUCGACAUUGGAAGCUAUUGGUUACAUUUGCCAAGAUAUAGACCCAGAGCAGCUACAGGAUAAAUCCAACGAGAUUCUGACUGCCAUAAUCCAGGGGAUGAGGAAAGAAGAGCCUAGUAAUAAUGUGAAGCUAGCAGCUACUAAUGCACUCCUGAACUCGUUGGAGUUCACCAAAGCAAACUUUGACAAAGAGUCCGAAAGGCACUUUAUUAUGCAGGUAGUCUGUGAAGCCACACAGUGUCCAGAUACAAGGGUACGAGUGGCUGCCUUACAGAAUCUGGUGAAGAUAAUGUCCUUGUAUUAUCAGUACAUGGAGACAUAUAUGGGUCCUGCUCUUUUUGCAAUCACAAUUGAAGCAAUGAAAAGUGACAUUGAUGAGGUAGCCCUGCAAGGGAUAGAAUUCUGGUCCAAUGUCUGUGAUGAGGAAAUGGAUUUGGCCAUUGAAGCUUCAGAGGCAGCAGAACAAGGACGGCCCCCUGAGCACACCAGCAAGUUUUAUGCCAAGGGAGCACUACAGUACCUGGUUCCAAUCCUCACACAGACACUAACUAAACAGGAUGAAAAUGAUGACGAUGACGACUGGAACCCCUGCAAAGCGGCAGGGGUGUGCCUCAUGCUUCUGGCCACCUGCUGUGAAGAUGACAUUGUCCCGCAUGUCCUCCCCUUCAUUAAAGAACACAUCAAGAACCCUGAUUGGCGGUACCGGGAUGCAGCAGUGAUGGCUUUUGGCUGUAUCUUGGAAGGACCAGAGCCCAAUCAGCUCAAACCGCUAGUUAUACAGGCCAUGCCCACCCUAAUAGAAUUAAUGAAAGACCCCAGUGUAGUUGUUCGAGAUACAACUGCAUGGACUGUGGGCAGAAUUUGUGAACUGCUCCCGGAAGCUGCCAUCAAUGAUGUCUACUUGACUCCCCUGCUGCAGUGUCUGAUUGAGGGCCUCAGUGCUGAACCCAGAGUGGCUUCAAACGUGUGCUGGGCUUUCUCCAGUCUGGCUGAAGCUGCUUAUGAAGCUGCAGACGUAGCUGAUGAUCAGGAAGAACCAGCUACCUAUUGCUUAUCUUCUUCUUUUGAACUCAUAGUUCAGAAGCUUCUGGAGACCACAGACAGACCUGAUGGACACCAGAACAACCUAAGGAGUUCUGCAUAUGAAUCUCUGAUGGAAAUUGUGAAAAACAGUGCCAAGGAUUGUUACCCUGCGGUUCAGAAAACCACUCUGGUCAUCAUGGAGCGACUGCAGCAGGUGUUGCAGAUGGAGUCACAUAUCCAGAGUACAUCGGAUAGGAUCCAGUUCAAUGACCUUCAGUCUUUACUCUGUGCAACUCUUCAGAACGUUCUCCGGAAAGUACAACAUCAAGAUGCUUUGCAGAUCUCUGAUGUGGUCAUGGCCUCCCUGUUAAGGAUGUUCCAAAGCACAGCUGGGUCUGGGGGCGUGCAAGAGGAUGCCCUAAUGGCAGUUAGCACACUGGUGGAAGUGUUGGGUGGUGAAUUCCUCAAGUACAUGGAGGCCUUUAAACCCUUCCUGGGCAUUGGAUUGAAAAAUUAUGCUGAAUACCAGGUUUGCCUGGCAGCUGUGGGCUUAGUGGGAGACCUAUGCCGUGCCCUGCAAUCCAACAUCUUACCUUUCUGUGAUGAGGUGAUGCAGCUCCUGCUGGAGAACUUGGGGAAUGAGAAUGUCCACAGAUCUGUGAAGCCGCAGAUUCUGUCAGUGUUUGGUGAUAUUGCCCUUGCUAUUGGUGGAGAAUUUAAAAAAUACCUAGAAGUUGUAUUGAAUACUCUUCAGCAGGCCUCGCAAGCCCAGGUGGACAAGUCAGACUAUGACAUGGUGGAUUAUCUGAAUGAGCUAAGGGAAGGCUGCUUGGAAGCCUAUACCGGCAUUGUCCAGGGAUUGAAGGGAGACCAGGAGAACGUACACCCGGAUGUGAUGCUGGUACAACCCAGAGUAGAAUUUAUUCUGUCUUUCAUUGACCACAUUGCUGGAGAUGAGGAUCAUACAGAUGGAGUGGUAGCUUGUGCUGCUGGGCUGAUAGGGGACUUGUGUACAGCAUUUGGGAAGGAUGUACUGAAAUUAGUAGAAGCUAGGCCAAUGAUCCAUGAACUGUUAACUGAAGGACGGAGAUCGAAGACUAACAAAGCAAAAACCCUUGCAACAUGGGCAACAAAAGAACUGAGGAAACUGAAGAACCAAGCUUGAUCUGUUACCAUUGGGAUGAUAACCUGAGACCCCCACUGGAAAUCUCCAAUCUUUUGAAAAACCCGGAAGUGAGGAGUGUGCACGGAUGCUGAAUGUUUGGGAAUGAGAGGAUGAGUGAGUGAGGCUUGAAAACACACCACAUUGAAAAUCCUGCCACAGCAGCAGCCGCAGCCACCAACAGCAGCGCUGUUAGUGAGCUAAGUAAGCACUGACUUCGUAGGAAACCAUAACGUCGGCCAUCUUGGAAAAGGAAAAUGAUGGAUUUACUUGCUUAAAAAAAAGAAAGCUAUCUCUUCCUAGGAGAGGCUAGAACUAGCUUUUCUGUCUUUUGGCCGGUGCAGAGUGGAGUGACUGGUUCGGGAGAGGAGGAGGAACUGGGUUCAGCUGUGGUGCUUUGUUGUAAAAGGCAACCUGGCCUUUGCUACUGAUAAGAAAGAUGGAGCCUGGGUCUCAAGCCCACCUUUGGUGUAUCUUUGCCACACGGUACUGUAUGUGUGCCGGCUAAAAGGAGGGUGAGGGAUUCUUUACAGUCUGAGAAUGAGUGUGUGUGAGUGAGGCGGUAUCCACAUUCUCAACUUCAAGUCAUUGCAGUUUCUUUUUCCCAGAAAAAAAGGGGUUUAGACAUUGCAUUUCAUAAAACUAACUGAAGUUCUGUCUACUGAUGCAGCACAAGAGAUGUAAAAAAAAAAAAAAAAAAAAAAAAAAGGAAAGACGCUCUUUAGGUUUUGUUUUUUGUUUUUUUUAAAUUCUAGGGAAAACACUGACGAAUGGUCAGAGCUCCCAUCCUGAUCUUUUCAUCAAGACGCCUUUCCUAAUAAUAUGGUUCAACUGUGAAUGUAGAAGUGGGGGGGAGGGGGGAGAAAAAGAUAACUCUGGAGUUAGAGGAUAUAGAAAAAAUAAAAGUACAAUUGUUACAAAUAAAGAAUGCAGACUUCAAAAACAAAAGAAAGCCACAACCCAAACAGACCAAAAUUUAAAUACUCAGAAUUGGCAGCACAAAAGAAAAGUUGUCUCCUGAGGUGUAUUGUGGCAGUCUGAACGCCCCCAGAAAAUUGUGCCAAAGAGUUUAGAAAACAAAUAUACAAUACACACACACAGCAAACUUCAGGUAACUAUUUUGGAUUGCAAACGAGGAUAAGUUUAAUGUUCAAACAAUCUGAUAAAAUAACCAUUUGGAAACUG